GGUUGUCCUGGGAGGACUGGGACCCUCCAGACCACAACCCCCAGGCUGGGGAGCUCACAGCAGGGUGGACCAUGGUGAACAUGGGCUGCAGCACCUCCCAGCCUGCAGGAGGAGGGAAACUGAGGCAGGAGAUGUAAUUCCCCCGUCAUGGCUCCCCUCGCAUCCCAUCCCCGGCGGUCCAAAGAAGGAGGCUUAGCAGCCGCGGGAACGCCGGCUCUGCCCGGGCCAAUUACGGUGCCUUUGUGCCAUGGGCACGGCACCAGCAGCGCCACUGCUGACUCAGGGAUUUUUCCUGGCCACCGCCACCGCGGGAGCCCCGUGACCCAUCUGUGGGGGGACCCUGCAAGGGGAGGGGGUGGCAGCCAAGCAGUGAGGAGACGGCUCUGCGGGAACCUGGCAACGGCGGGAGCUGCUGGGGCCGAGGGACAGAGGGGACAGCCCAGCUGAGCAGGACGCGGUGAGUGCCUUCGCUUUCUCUGGGGGGUGUUAGAGCAGCAAAAGCUCCUGAUUAAACCACAGGUGAAAGUCACUCUUGGCUGCUCCAUCUGUGCCCGGAGUGGGGUGCCUAUCUCUUCCUAUGGUAAUAAUCCCCAGGGACCGUGGAGUCACUGCACUCCUGCUGACCCCAAAGGAAGGGCACUUGGGGACAGCUCGCACCCUCUGCUGCAGGGACAGCCCGGCCAGGGACCCUGCAGUCUGUGUUGUGCACCCCAGGCUCCCCCCACAGAGGAGAGGGAAAAGGGAGCCCACUGGGUCCAUGGUGCUGGAAGCACCAGAGGUACAGGACAAAACACUCCCUGACCCCCUCCUGAUGAGCCUGGGCUGAUCUGGGGAUCCUGUGUGUGCAGAGGUGGGCUCUGCCCUCCCAGCGCCCACUUGAAGGGAGCAGGGAGCUCCUUUGCUCACUGGCCUUGAUUUCCCAGAAGAGCAUCUUGAAGAUCAAUUUAAUUUUAUUUAACUUUAUUUUGGGGUCCCCAGGGCAGCCUCCUUGCUGGUACCCAAAGACAUGGCCACCCUUUGAGCCUCAGGGACUCCUCACCAGAGCAGUGCACAUUCAGCCUCUCUCCACCCCAGCCCUGCCCCUCAGUCCCUGCUCCCUGGCUCUUCCCCAAGCCCAAAGCUACCACGUUAGAUCCCCAACCCUUCCAAGGACAGCCCAGUGCCCCUGGCCGUGCCCAGCAGCUGAUCCCCCUCCUUCUCCAACCCGCUGUAGUGGGGGUUGCAUCCUUCUGCCGCAGACCCCAUGGGCUCCCGGCACUUCCCCGCCCGGACCGUGCUCUUUGAGAGGGAAUCCAACGGCGUCACGUACCGUGUGCCUGCCCUGCUCUACCUGCCCUGCGUGGCCAAGCUGCUGGCAUUCGCCGAGGAGCGGCUCAGCGCCGACGAUGCCCACGCCAACCUGCUGGUGCUGCGCCGCGGCACCAUCUACGGCAGCUACGUGGAGUGGGAAGACAUGCGCGUGCUGGAGACAGCGACACUGCAGCACCACCGGUCAAUGAACCCCUGCCCGCUCUACGAUGAAUUCACAGGCACCCUCUUCCUCUUCUUCAUCACGGUGCUGGGCAGGACGCCCGAAGCCUACCAGAUUGUCACUGGCCAGAACGUCACCCGCCUCUGCUGCGUCACCAGCGCCGACCAGGGCCUGAGCUGGAGCGCGGCCACAGACCUGACACAGCAGGUCAUUGGUGCAGCCAUCAAAGACUGGGCGACGUUCGCGCUGGGCCCUGGGCACGGGAUCCAGCUGCGCUCCGGCCGGCUGCUGGUGCCUGCCUACAGCUACCACAUCGACUGCAAGGAGUGCUUCGGGCAGCUCUGCAAGACCACCCCGCACUCCUUCGCCUUCUACAGCGACGACCACGGCCGCGGCUGGCGCUUCGGGGAGUUCAUCCCCAACCUGCAGACGGGCGAGUGCCAGCUGGUCUCGGUGGAUGAGGAGGACGGAUCCAACGUCCUGUACUGCAAUGCCCGCAGCCCGCUGGGCUUCAGGGUCCAGGCGCUCAGCACGGAUGACGGGGCCGUCUUCCACAGGGGGCAGCUGGUCCAGCGGCUGGUCGAGCCCCCCCAUGGCUGUCAUGGCAGUGUCAUCGGCUUCCCAGCACCAUUUGUUUAUGUCCCCACCACCUCCAAGGACUCUGUGUUGCCCCUCCAGGGCUCAGCUCAACAGCUGCUGCCCAGGAUGUGCCAGGGGUUUCGGUACCUGCCCACCUGGAAGGCAGUGGGUGAUGAGCUGCCCACUGUGGCCACUGGCAGCCACCAUGAGGCAGAUGAGCCCGAUGAGGACUGUUCUACCCCAGGGCAUCACCAGCAAGCCCACAGUGUCACCUUGGCCCAGGGGGACCCUGCAGCAACCCCCAGCCCCACUCCCUUCUUCCAAGCGCCGACUUGGAUCCUCUACUCCCACCCCACCAGCCCCAUGUCACGGGUCAACAUGGGGGUUCACCUGAGCACCUUCCCCAGGGAUGCGGAGAGCUGGACAGAGCCCUGGGUCAUCUAUGAGGGUCCAAGCGCUUACUCAGACCUGGCUUACAUGGAGCUGCCCUACACGGAGGCCCCCGUGGCCGGUGGCACGGCCAUCGCCUUCGCCUGCCUAUACGAGAACGGGACGAAGUCGCCCUACGAGCAGAUCUCCUUCAGCAUGUUCACGCUGCACGACGUGCUCCAGAACAUCCCCGUGACAGCCGCUGCUCCCCGCCGGUGCCGCGGCCCCCGGCGCCACGGGAAGCGGGGCCGAAGGAGCUGCCUCCUAUCCUAGUGAUCCCCCGGGUCAGCUCCCACCCCCUAGCGCCAGAUCAUCAACCCAUAGCCUGAGGUCCCGCCCCCCCGUCCAGGGCCACAUCACACAGAGCAGUGUUACCGUCCCCAGGCUGUGUUCGAUCUCACUUUUUUUUUUUUUUAAAUUAUAUAUCGGUUGGUGGGGAGGCUUGUGCCCCCCACCCAGCCCCAGGCUCCUUUCCAGCAAGAACCACUCAAGAAACAGAUGCUGGGGAGCAAGAGCAAUGCCAAAAGGAGGCAGCUGGGGGCACCCUGUGCCGUCCCUGUGUGCUGGGUCAGGGGGACACGGUGCUCCAACUGUGCCACAUCUGGUACCAUCACCCUGCUCCAGGGAGUUUUCCUCCCGUUGUUAUAAAUAGUUAUGUUAUAUAAAUGUUUUAUAUGUUAUAUAAAUAUUUCAUGUUAUAUAAAUUGUUUCUUUUUUCAUGAAAAUGCUUUUUCUCAACAGUAUCCUCGAAGUCACUGUGAGGGUUUGGGCUGGGGUAGAGUUCAGUUCCUUCAUCAUAGCUGGGAUGGGACUGGGUUUUGGAUUUGGGCUGAUGAUAAAGAGAUGUUUGUGUUGCAUCACUUGUCUGUCUUAGGUUCUAUUUCUGUCUCUUUGUUAUUUUCUUUACAUUACAAUUUAUUAUUAUUAUUUCAAUUAUUAAACUGUUCUUAUGUCAA